GGGGAGCAACAGGCUGGCUGGUGACAAGGGGCAAAGGCUUUAGACAGAGAGAAGAGGGAGAAGAUUUUACAAAGUAGACCAACAGAAAGUGGAAGGGAAGCAGCUGAGUGACAGGAAGUGGCUGUGAGGAAGAAGUUGAAGUUGUGCUGCUGCAGGUGGACGUCUGUCACCUUUGAAGUGAAGCUGGAGGCUGAACAUUAAGACUCUGACAGAGACCAAGAGGACAGCCAUGUUUUCAACCAGAGCAGAGAUCCAGCCGUAAAAGAUAAAAGGCGGUCGCCUCCGUCUAGCAGAUCCCCCUCCGCCCUGCACAGAAACCCUCACAGCAGCGCCGCCGACGAGCAGGAGAGUCCAGAGAGAGUGGUACAGAAGGAGAAGCUUCAUGCAGAGCUGAAGCAGGUGUUGAGUAAGAAAAGAAGUCAUCUAAGAGAGUCGACGUGCCAACUGGCCCAACCAGAGAUGGACUCAGAGCCAACAGACGAACAGACGAGUGCGGCGGAAGCUUCGAAGUCGGUGGAGAUCGUGGUGGAGACGGAGGCCGAGGCUGGAGCCAGCGGCUACAGUGUGACUGGUGGAGGAGAACGUGGGAUCUUUGUCAAAGACGUCCUCAAAGACUCUCCGGCUGCUAAACACCUCAGUCUGCAGCAAGGUGACCAGCUGCUGAGUGCCAAAGUCUACUUUGACAAUGUGAGGUAUGAAGAUGCUCUGAAGAUCCUUCAGUGUGCAGAACCCUACAAGGUCAGUUUCCAGGUGAAGAGAACCAUCCCUGGAGCUGAGAUCUGCAUCCGGCCUCGAGUCCCCAGCGUGGAGGUCAAAGGUCCCAAAGCCAAGAUGUCCAAAAUGAGUGUGAAGGGCACCAAGCCGUUCAAGGCCAAGAAGAAGAGAGGCGGUCGCUUCGGUCUGAAGAGGCUGAAGGAGAAGCGCCGGGAGGAGCUGGUGAUCGAAGGGACGCCUCCCAGGCUGGAGAAGAGCGACGUGGACGUGGAGUUUUCUCUGCCCAAGUUCAAACAGAGGAAGAGUGCGAAGGUGGAAGCAGAAGGAGCUGUGGGGAAGGCAAAGAGGAGGAUCAGGUUCCCCCAAAUGAAAACCAAAGGAUACGCUGGAGCAGAGACAGGAGCAAAAAUGGAAACGGGACGAUUUGAGGGACAAGUGGACGUCUCUCCUUCUGAAAUAUCUGGAGCUAAAGUGAAAACCAAAGUCAAAGGAAACAAGUUUGGGAUCACAUUUCCUAAGACCAAGCAUGCAAAGUCAGGCUCCUCUUUGGAAACAGUGGAGGUGAAGCCCCCGAGUAUAAACAUCCAGCCACCAUCGGUGGAGUUUGGUUGGUCCGGUGACAAAGCCAUGGACAUGGAGAAGGGAGGUGCUAAACUUAACUCGCCUGACGUGGAGUUCGCCGUCCCUUCAGGGAAAGCGGAAAUCAAAGCUCCUAAAAUGGACAUUAAAGGAGGAGCCGAUGCCGCUGAAGGAAAAGGAGAUUCAAAGCUCCGAAUGCCGAAGUUGAAACUACCGAAAGUUAGACUCUCACGUCAUUCAGAUGAGAUCGAUGGUGAAAUCAAGCUAAAAGCUGAAGGGAUGAAAAUGCCAGACAUAAAACCUCCAAAGGUAGAAAUCAGAGGAGAUGGAGAGGGCAAUAUCAUCAAACCAAAGCUGGAAGGUGAUCUCUCAGGAAAAGCUGCAUCUAUUCAAAUGCCUUCUAUUGAUAUCUCUUUACCAAAAGUGAAGGGAAAAGCUGACGUUUCGCUCCCAGAGUGCGAAGGAGGUGGAAAGACAUUGAUUAAUAUGCCCACCAUUGACAUCUCUGUGCCAGAUGUUGACUUGGAACUGGAUGCCGGGCGGAGGAUUCCCGAUGAGGUAGAGGGAACUUUUAAAGGGCCCAAAAUCUCCAUGCCAAAGGUUGGCAUCUCGCUGCCGAAGAUGGGGUCACCUGAUGUGGACAUAGAAUGUCCAGAAGGUGGAGGGAAGUUCAGCCUACCUUCUGUUGAUAUCUCUCUCCCGAAGGUGACAUCGGAAGUAGAAGACGUCGAUAUGGAUUAUUUUGUCGGCGGAGAUGGAAAGUUCAAAAUGCCUGAUUUUGACAUAUCGCUCCCAAAAAUGAAGUCACCGGAAGGAGAAGUAAACAUAAGCAGACCGGAAGUGGAAGGAGGUUUCAAGUUGCCCAAAGUAGACCUGACACUUCCCAAAGCCAAAGCAGGAACGACUGAUAUCGAAGGGGAAGGAAAGUUUCAGUUACCAUCAUUUGACAUCUCGUUACCAAAAAUGAACACAGGUGAUGCUGAAGGUGGUAAAUUUGAAAUGCCUGCACUUGAUAUUUCCCUACCCAAAGGCAAAAUGGAAGGGGAUAUCGAAGAAGGGCAUACUGGGAAGGGCGGAAAAUUCAAAAUGCCUACUUUUGAUGUCUCUCUACCAAAGAUGAAAAAGCCAGAAGUUAAUGUGGACAUAGAAGGACCUGAGCUUGAUGUGCCUUCUGUUGAUAUUUCUCUACCAAAAGGAAAGCUGGAGGGCGACAUUGAACUCGAGGGUCCAUCUGCAAAAGGAGGGAAGUUCAAAAUGCCUUCACUCAAUGUUAAACUCCCAAAGAUAAGAACAUCUGGAGCUGAUGUUGACCUAAAAGGACCUGAGACUGAAAUGCUGUCAGUAGAUAUCUCUCUGCCAAAAGGUAAACCAAAGGGUGAGGUUGAAAUCGAGGGAAAAGGAGGCAAGUUUAAAAUGCCGUCGUGUGAUAUAUGUUUUCCAGAAAUAAAGUUACCCGAGGGGGACUUUGCUUUGGAGGGACCUGAAGUCAAAGGUGGAAAGAUUGAGAUGCCUGCAGUCGAUAUUUCUCUUCCACAAGGAGGCAUAGAGGGGCAGUUUGACACUGGCGGCGGUGUGAUAAAAGGAGGUAAAAUUAACAUGCCCUCUGUGGACAUUUCCCUCCCCAAAAUGAAGCUACCUGAAGCAGACGUGGAGCUAGAAGGCCCAAAUGUGGACUUUUCCAAACCAAACAUUGAAGGCAACAUGGAGCUCAAGGGCAUCAGUGGUGGUGGCAAGUUUAAGAUGCCAACUUUUGACGUCUCUCUUCCGAAGACGAAAGGAGGAGGAGAAGUUGAUAUUGAAGGACCUGAAGUCAAAGGAGGGAAGUUCCAGAGGCCUUCUUUGUCACUGCCACAGAUCAAAACACAAGGACCUGAGUUUAAACCGCCUGAGGCAAAUUUAGACUUAAAGGAAGGUGAGAUUAAAGGAGGGAAAAUUGACAUGCCUUCAAUUGAUAUCUCUCUUCCAAAAGGAAAAGCGGAAGGUACGCUUGAUAUUGAAGGACCCUCGGGCAAAGGAGGCAGGUUUAAAAUGCCUUCAUUUGACGUAUCCCUACCAAAGAUGAAGAUGCCUGAGGGAAAUGUUGGCCUUCAGGGACCUUCUGUUGACAUCUCACUUCCAAAGGGAAAAGCCGAAGGUGAUAUAGAAACUAAAAGUAAAGGAGGACAUUUUCAUAUGCCCUCAAUUGAUGUUUCUCUCCCAAAAAUAAAAAUGAAACAAGAUGACGUCAACAUCGAGGGUCCAGAAAUUAAAGGUGGGGAAAUAAAAAAGCCAAUUAUUCACAUCUCACCCCCUAGAGGAACAUUUCAAGGUGAUAUGACUGUUGAAGGUGAAGGAAAAGGAGGGAAAUUCAACCUUCCAUGUGCAGACAUCAACCUUCCUGCAGUAAAAUUUCCAGAAAGAGACUUGAACUUUCAAGGUCCAAAAGUCAAAGGCGGAAAGUUUGAAAUGCCAAAAAUCGACCUCUCACUUCCUAAAGGAAAAGCAAAAGGAGAUAUUGAUAUUGACAUUCGCUCUGGAAAAGAUGGGAAUAUUGAAGUUCCAUCCCUUGAUUCUGGACUUCCUAAAGGAAAAAUUAAAGCUGACAUAAAUGUUGAAGGUCCCGAAGGAAAAACAGGAAAAUUCAAACUGCCCAAAUUUGAUGUUUCCCUUCCAAAGAUGAAUCUGCCAGAGGGUGAUGUAAAAGUGGAAGGACCAGAGAUUAAGGGGAAAAUGGAGAUGCCAGAUGUUGAUAUUUCACUCCCUAAAGGAAAUAUAGAAGGAGAUGUUGACAUUGGGUCUAAAGGAGGCAAGUUUAACUUGCCUUCAAUCAAUAUUAAUCUUCCAAAAAUAAAAUCUCCCGGGGCAGAUGUCAACCUCGAGGGCCCAGAUGUUGACAUUUCACUUCCAAAAGCAAAAGGUGAUGUUGAUAUAAAUGUUGAAUGUCCUGAGGUGAAAGGGGGUAAGACAAAAAUGCCAAAGUUUGAUAUUUCAUUACCAAAAGUAAAUUUUCCAGAAGGUGAUGUCAAAUUAAAAGUGCCUGACAUAAAGGACAGGAAGAUUGAGAUGCCAGACAUCGAUAUUUCACUCCCCAAAGGAAAAGCUGGAGGAGAAAUUGAAGUACAUGCACCUUCUGGCAAAGGAGGCAGGUUCCAUAUGCCUUCUAUUGACAUCACUCUUCCUAAAAUGAAAGCAACAGGACCAGAGGUAAAUAUUGAAGGUCCUGAACUUAAAGGAGGAAAAAUCAACAUGCCAGACACUGACCUUUCACUCCCCAAAGGAAAGGCUGAAGCCGACCUCAGCCUUGAAGGUCCUGAGGUAAAAGGAGGCAAAUUCAAAAUGCCCAAAUUUGGCAUUUCGUUUCCAAAAACAAACUUACCAGAGGGAAAUGUAGAAAUGCCAACUGUUGAUUUUUCAUUACCAAAAGGAAAAGUAAUGGCAGAUACUGAAGGGUACAGUGGUAAAGGAGGCAAGUUUCACUUGCCUUCAAUUGAUUUCUCUCUUCCUAAAAUAAAAACAAAGGGAGUUGAUGUUGACAUUGAAGGACCGGAACUUAAAGGUGACAUUUCACUUCCAGAAGGAAAAGUUGAAGGUGACCUUGAUGUUGAAGGUCCUGAGCUGAAAGGCAGUAAGUUUAAAAUGCCAAAAUUCGAUAUGUCUUUACCAAAAGGCCCAGACAUCAAAGGACCAAAGAUUGAGAUGCCAGACAUUGAUAUUUCACUCCCCAAAGGAAAAGCUGGAGGAGAAAUUGAAGUUGAAGGACCUUCUGGCAAAGGAGGCAAUUUCCAUAUGCCAUCUAUUGACAUCAAUCUUCCUAAAAUGAAAGCUAAAGGACCAGAGGUAAACAUUGAAGGUCCUGAACUUAAAGGAGGGAAAGUCAACAUGCCAGACAUGGACAUUUCACUUCCCAAAGGAACGGCUGAAGUCGACCUGGAUGUUGAGGGUCCUGAGGUAAAAGGAGGCAAAUUCAUAAUGCCCAAACUGGAUGUUUCACUUCCAAAGGUGAAUCUGCCAGAAGGUGGUAUCAAACUGGAAGGACCUGACAUUAAAGGAAAAAUUGAAAUGCCAAGCAUUGAUGUCUCAUUCCCAAAAGGAAAAGUAAAGGCAGAUGCUGACAUUGAGGGAAAUACUGGUAGAGGAGGGAAGUUUCACUUGCCCUCAAUUGAUUUCUCUCUUCCUAGAAUAAAAACAAAGGGAGUUGAUGUUGAUAUUGAAGGACCUGAACUUAAAGGUGACAUUUCACUUCCAGAAGGAAAAGUUGAAGGCGGCCUGAAUGUCGAAGGCCCUGAGGUGAAGGGCACUAAGUUUAAAAUGCCAAAGUUUGAUGUGUCUUUACCAAAAGUGAGUCUCCCGGCGGGUGAUGUCAAAAUUAAAGGCCCCGAUAUCAAGGGACCAAAGAUUGAGAUGCCAGACAUUGAUAUUUCACUCCCCAAAGGAAAAGCUGGAGAAGAAGUUGAAGUUGAAGGACCUUCUGGCAAGGGAGGCAAGUUCCAUUUGCCCUCUAUUGACAUCAACCUUCCUAAAAUGAAAGCUAAAGGACCAGAGAUAGAUGUUGAAGGCCCUGAAGUUAAAGGUGGAAAGUUAAAGAUGCCAUCCCUUGAUGUUUCUCUGCCUAAAAUUAAAUCUCCUGAUGUAGAUGUCAGUCUGGAGGGUCCUGAUGUUAAAGGAGGAAAGAUCAAAAUCCCAACUGUUGAUGUUUCACUCCCAAAAGCCAAUGUUGAGGGUGACCUAAAUGUGGAAGGUACUGAGGUGAAAGGGGGAAAAUUCAAAAUGCCCAAAUUUGAUGUUUCUUUGCCAAAAGUCAGUCUCCCAAAAUUCGAUGCCAAUGUGGAAGGACCAGAUGUGAAAGGAAAAAUCGAAAUGCCUUCUGCUGAUAUUUCACUUCCAGAGGCAAAGGCAGAUGUGUACAUUGACAUCGAUGGGCAAACCGGUAAAGGUGGCAAGUUUCAUUUGCCCUCAGUUAAUAUUUCUCUUCCUAAAUUCAAAGCAAAGGGAGUCGAUGUUGAUAUUGAAGGACCUGACAUCAAAGGUGACAUGUCACUCCCUAAAAUGAAGUCUCCAGAGGUAGACAUCAGUCUCCAGGGUCCUGAUGUUAAAGGAGGAAAGUUUAACCUGCCAACUUUUGACAUUUCACUCCCCAAAGGAAAAGUUGAAGGUGACCUUGAUGUUGAAGGUCCUGAGCUGAAAGGCAGUAAGUUUAAAAUGCCAAAGUUCGAUGUGUCUUUACCAAAAGGCCCGGACAUCAAAGGACCAAAGAUUGAGAUGCCAGACAUUGAUAUUUCACUCCCCAAAGGAAAAGCUGGAGGAGGAAUUGAAGUCGAAGGACCUUCUAGCAAAGGAGGCAAGUUCCAUAUGCCCUCUAUUGACAUCAAUCUUCCUAAAAUGAAAGCUAAAGGACCAGAGGUAAACAUUGAAGGUCCUGAACUUAAAGGAGGGAAAGUCAACAUGCCAGACAUGGACAUUUCACUCCCCAAAGGAACGGCUGAAGUCGACCUGGAUGUUGAGGGUCCUGAGGUAAAAGGAAGCAAAUUCAAAAUGCCCAAACUGGAUGUUUCGCUUCCAAAGGUGAAUCUACCAGAAGGUGGUGUCAAACUGGAAGGACCUGACAUUAAAGGAAAAAUUGAAAUGCCAAGCAUUGAUGUCUCACUCCCAAAAGGAAAGGUAAAGGCAGAUGCUGACAUUGAGGGAAAUACUGGUAGAGGAGGCGAGUUUCACUUGCCCUCAAUUGAUUUCUCUCUUCCUAGAAUAAAAACAAAGGGAGUUGAUGUUGAUAUUGAAGGACCUGAACUUAAAGGUGACAUUUCACUUCCAGAAGGAAAAGUUGAAGGUGACCUGAAUGUUGAAGGCCCUGAGGUGAAGGGCAGUAAGUUUAAAAUGCCAAAGUUUGAUGUGUCUUUACCGAGAGUGAGUCUCCCGGAGGGUGAUGUCAAAAUUAAAGGCCCUGAUAUCAAGGGACCAAAGAUUGAGAUGCCAGACAUUGAUAUUUCACUCCCCAAAGGAAAAGCUGGAGGAGGAAUUGAAGUCGAAGGACCUUCUAGCAAAGGAGGCAAGUUCCAUAUGCCCUCUAUUGACAUCAAUCUUCCUAAAAUGAAAGCUAAAGGACCCGAGGUAAACAUUGAAGGUCCUGAACUUAAAGGAGGGAAAGUCAACAUGCCAGACAUGGACAUUUCACUCCCCAAAGGAACGGCUGAAGUCGACCUGGAUGUUGAGGGUCCUGAGGUAAAAGGAAGCAAAUUCAAAAUGCCCAAACUGGAUGUUUCGCUUCCAAAGGUGAAUCUACCAGAAGGUGGUGUCAAACUGGAAGGACCUGACAUUAAAGGAAAAAUUGAAAUGCCAAGCAUUGAUGUCUCACUCCCAAAAGGAAAGGUAAAGGCAGAUGCUGACAUUGAGGGAAAUACUGGUAGAGGAGGCAAGUUUCACUUGCCCUCAAUUGAUUUCUCUCUUCCUAGAAUAAAAACAAAGGGAGUUGAUGUUGAUAUUGAAGGACCUGAACUUAAAGGUGACAUUUCACUUCCAGAAGGAAAAGUUGAAGGUGACCUGAAUGUUGAAGGCCCUGAGGUGAAGGGCGGUAAGUUUAAAAUGCCAAAGUUUGAUGUGUCUUUACCGAGAGUGAGUCUCCCGGAGGGUGAUGUCAAAAUUAAAGGCCCUGAUAUCAAGGGACCUAAGAUUGAGAUGCCAGACAUUGAUAUUUCACUCCCCAAAGGAAAAGCUGGAGGAGAAAUUGAAGUUGAAGGACCUUCUGGCAAGGGAGGCAAGUUCCAUUUGCCCUCUAUUGACAUCAACCUUCCUAAAAUGAAAGCUAAAGGACCAGAGAUAGAUGUUGAAGGCCCUGAAGUUAAAGGUGGAAAGUUAAAGAUGCCAUCCCUUGAUGUUUCUCUGCCUAAAAUUAAAUCUCCUGAUGUAGAUGUCAGUCUGGAGGGUCCUGAUGUUAAAGGAGGAAAGAUCAAAAUCCCUACUGUUGAUGUUUCACUCCCAAAAGCCAAUGUUGAGGGUGACCUAAAUGUGGAAGGUACUGAGGUGAAAGGGGGAAAAUUCAAAAUGCCCAAAUUUGAUGUUUCUUUGCCAAAAGUCAGUCUCCCAAAAUUCGAUGCCAAUGUGGAAGGACCAGAUGUGAAAGGAAAAAUCGAAAUGCCUUCUGCUGAUAUUUCACUUCCAGAGGCAAAGACAGAUGUGGACAUUGACAUCGAUGGGCAAACCGGUAAAGGUGGCAAGUUUCAUUUGCCCUCAGUUAAUAUUUCUCUUCCUAAAUUCAAAGCAAAGGGAGUCGAUGUUGAUAUUGAAGGACCUGACAUCAAAGGUGACAUGUCACUCCCUAAAAUGAAGUCUCCAGAGGUAGACAUCAGUCUCCAGGGUCCUGAUGUUAAAGGAGGAAAGUUUAACCUGCCAACUUUUGACAUUUCACUCCCCAAAGGAAAAGUUGAAGGUGACCUUGAUGUUGAAGGUCCUGAGCUGAAAGGCAGUAAGUUUAAAAUGCCAAAGUUCGAUGUGUCUUUACCAAAAGGCCCGGACAUCAAAGGACCAAAGAUUGAGAUGCCAGACAUUGAUAUUUCACUCCCCAAAGGAAAAGCUGGAGGAGGAAUUGAAGUCGAAGGACCUUCUAGCAAAGGAGGCAAGUUCCAUUUGCCAUCUAUUGACAUCAGUCUUCCUAAAAUGAAAGCUAAAGGACCCGAGGUAAACAUUGAAGGUCCUGAACUUAAAGGAGGGAAAGUCAACAUGCCAGACAUGGACAUUUCACUCACCAAAGGAAAAGUUGAAGGUGACCUUGAUGUUGAAGGUCCUGAGCUGAAAGGCAGUAAGUUUAAAAUGCCAAAGUUCGAUGUGUCUUUACCAAAAGGCCCGGACAUCAAAGGACCAAAGAUUGAGAUGCCAGACAUUGAUAUUUCACUCCCCAAAGGAAAAGCUGGAGGAGGAAUUGAAGUCGAAGGACCUUCUAGCAAAGGAGGCAAGUUCCAUUUGCCAUCUAUUGACAUCAGUCUUCCUAAAAUGAAAGCUAAAGGACCCGAGGUAAACAUUGAAGGUCCUGAACUUAAAGGAGGGAAAGUCAACAUGCCAGACAUGGACAUUUCACUCCCCAAAGGAACGGCUGAAGUCGACCUGGAUGUUGAGGGUCCUGAGGUAAAAGGAGGCAAAUUCAAAAUGCCCAAACUGGAUGUUUCACUUCCAAAGGUGAAUCUACCAGAAGGUGAUGUCAAACUGGAAGGACCUGAGAUGAAGGGAGGAAAGAUCACAGUGCCAACGGUUGAUAUUUCAGUUCCAUCAGGGAAAGUGGAGGGUGAUAUCAAUAUCAAAGGGCCAUCUGGAACAGGAAAGAUUAAAGGGCCAAAAGUUAAUAUUGAUAAAAAAAGUGGUGGACUCCACAUGCCAAGCCUUGACAUAAACCUGCCUAAGUUUGAUCUUGACCUCAGCCUCCCCUCUGGUCGGAAAGAUAAAGGCCUCAAAGUGGACACCGUUGCAUCAGGAGAUUUGGAAAUGCCUGGUCUCAAGGGAGAUAUUAAUCCAGCCAAGUUGAAAGUUAAGGAUGCAGACAUAGAGGCAGGUGUUGUUGAAGGUCCAGGUGCUUCCUUCAAGCUCCCCACAGUCAAACUGCCAACAGUUGACAUCUCAGCUCCAAAGGUGGAUCUCGACUUUGGCCUCAACAAACCUAAAGGUGAUGAUGUGGAAGUGGAGCUUCUGAAAGCAGAGGGAGGUAGGCCUUCUUCAGGGGGAAGCUUUGAGCUACCUGAUGUUUCCCUCAAAGCCCCUGGGUUCACUCUUCCAAGGUUUGGUGCAAAGACAAAGAGUGGAGAUUUUGAUAUAUCAGGACCCAAAGGAGAUGUUUCCCUCAGUCCACCACAUGUGGAAGGAGAGAUUAGAGCACCGUCAGUUGAGUUUGAUGGAGAUGGAAAAGUCAAGAUGAAGAAACCUAAAAUCAAAAUGCCCUCAUUUGGAUUAUCCAAAAAGGAUACAGAUGUGUCUGUGUCUUGCCCUAAUGUAGAUGUGAAAGUGAAAAAGGGGAAAAUUGAAGUUCCAAAGCCAGAAAUCAAUGUUGAGGGCCCAGAAGACAAGUCAAAAUACAAAAUUAAAUUCCCCAAGUUCAAAAUGUCAUCACCAAAGGUUCAACUCCCAGAUCGGGAUGUUGAUGCUAAACUGGAAGCAGAUGCUGGAGCAAAAGGAGGCUUCCAUGGGCCUGACGUUACGCUCAAACUGCCAAAAUUUUCCAUGCCAGGAUUUGGCUCGAAAGAAAAAGAUUUAGGUAAGCCUAGUGGAGAUGUUGAAGCUAAGGCCAAAGUCAAGAUGCCUUCUGUUGAGCUGUCACUAGCAGCAGCUAAAACACCAGAGACUGAGGUUCUUCUUCCCAAAGCAGAAGUUGAUGUUUCAGAGGCAGACAUUAAAGGAUAUGAGGGAAACCUCAAAAUUCCAAAAAUGCCAACAAUUGAUGUCUCCAUCCCCAAAAUAGACCUGGAUGUGUCUCUGCCAAAAGGAAAGUCUCCAAAGAUUGAAGGACCAGAAGUGGAGCUUAAAGGAGGUGAAGGAAAAUUCAAAAUGCCUCAAAUAACAAUGCCAUCAAUAGACGUAUCCCUUCCCAAAGGGAAGUCUGGAGAACUUCUUGGACCAGAUGUGGAAGUAGAUGGAGAAGGAGGCAAAUUUAAAAUGCCUCAUGUCAAAAUGCCCACUGUUGACAUAACCCUACCAAAACUAAAAACUGGUAAAAUAAAUAAGCCAGAUGUUGAUGCAGAAGGUGAGGGAGGCAAAUUCAAAAUACCUGGUAUCAAAAUGCCAAAUAUUGACAUAUCUAGAGGAAAGACGGGGAAAUUAGAGGGACCAGAUGUUGAAAUUGAAGGAGGAGGAAAGUUCAAAAUGCCUCAAAUGAAAAUGCCAGAUAUUGACAUAUCUCUGCCCAAAGGAAAGAUUGAAGGACCAGAAGUGGAGAUCAAAGGUGAAGGUGACAAAUUCAAGAUGCCACAUAUAAAAAUGCCCUCUGUUGAUAUUUCACUGCCUAAAGGAAAAGCUGAAGGCCCAGAUGUUGAAGCAGAAGGAAGUACUGGGGGAAAAUUCAAAAUGCCUCACUGGAAAAUGCCAGAAUUUGAUGUCUCUCUGCCCAAAGGUAAGAUUGAAGGUCCAGAUGUGGAGGAAAAAGGAGAAGGUGGUAAAUAUAAGAUGCCACAUCUCAGCAUGCCCUCUGUUGAUAUUUCACUGCCCAAAGGGAAGAUUGAAGGUCCAGAUGUUGAAAUAGAGGGAGAAGGAGGAGGAAAAUUCAAAAUGCCUCACAUGAAAAUGCCAAAUAUUGACAUAUCUCUGCCUAAAGGGAAAGCUGAAGGUCCAGAUGUGGAAGUUAAAGGAGAAGGUGGAAGAUUUAAGAUGUCACACAUCAGUAUGCCUUCAGUUGAUAUAAAACUACCCAAAGGCAAAAUUGAAGGUCCAGAUGUAGAGGGAGAUGCGGGAGGAAAAUUCAAACUGCCCCAUAUGAAAAUGCCAGACAUUGAUAUCUCUCUGCCUAGAGGAAAGGUUGAAGGUCCAGAUGUGGACAUCAAAGGAGAAGGUGGGAAAUUCAAGAUGCCUCACAUCAGCAUGCCCUCAGUCGAUAUAAAACUACCUAAAGGAAAAAUUCAAGGUCCAGAUGUUGAAGUAGAAGGAGAUGCAGGAGGGAAAUUCAAGAUGCCUCAACUGAAAAUGCCAGACCUUGACAUAUCUCUGCCUAAAGGGAAAAUUGAAGGUCCUGAUGUGGAGGUCAAAGGCAAAGGUGGAAAAUUCAAGAUGCCACAUCUCAGCAUGCCCUCUGUUGACAUUUCAUUGCCCAAAGGGAAGGUUGAAGGUCCAGAUGUCGAAAUGAAGGGAGAUGCAGAAGGAAGAUUCAAAAUGCCUCAAAUGAAAAUGCCAGACAUGGAUAUAUCUCUUCCCAAAGGGAAAGUUGAAGGUCCAGAUGUAGACAUUAAAGGAGAAGGUGGGAAAUUUAAGAUGCCACACAUCAGUAUGCCUUCAAUUGAUAUAAAACUGCCGAAAGGAAAAAUUGAAGGUCCAGAUGUUAAAGUCGAAGGAGAUGCGGGAGGAAAAUUCAAAAUGCCUCAAAUGAAAAUGCCAGAUGUAGAUAUCUCUCUUCCCAAAGGGAAAGUUGAAGGUCCAGAUGUGGAGCUUAAAGGAGAAGGUGGAAGAUUCAAGAUGCCACACAUCAGUAUGCCUUCAGUUGAUAUAAAACUACCUAAAGGAAAAUUUGAAGGUCCAGAGGUAGAUGUAGAGGGAGAUGCGGGAGGAAAAUUCAAAAUGCCUCAAAUGAAAAUGCCCGACAUGGAUAUCUCUCUCCCCAAAGAGAAAGUUGAAGGUCCAGAUGUAGACAUUAAAGGAAAAGGUGGGAAAUUUAAGAUGCCAGACAUCAGUAUGCCUUCAGUUGAUAUAAAACUGCCGAAAGGAAAAAUUGAAGGUCCAGAUGUUAAAGUAGAAGGAGAUGCGGGAGGAAAAUUCAAAAUGCCUCAAAUGAAAAUGCCAGACCUUGACAUCUCUUUACCUGAAGGGAAAGUUCAAGGUCCUGAUGUGGAGGUCAAAGGCGAAGGUGGAAAAUUCAAGAUGCCACAUCUCAGCAUGCCCUCUGUUGAUAUUUCAUUGCCCAAAGGGAAAGUUGAAGGUCCAGAUGUUGAAAUAAAAGGAGAAGGAGGUGGAAAAUUCAAAAUGCCUCACAUGAAAAUGCCAAAUAUUGACAUAUCUCUGCCUAAAGGGAAAGUUGAAGGUCCAGAUGUGGAGCUUAAAGGAGAAGGUGGCAAAUUUAAGAUGCCACACAUCAGUAUGCCUUCAAUUGAUAUAAAACUACCCAAAGGGAAGAUCGAAGGUCCAGACGUUCAAGUAGAAGGAGAUGCAGGAGGAAAAUUCAAAUUGCCUCACAUGAAAAUGCCAGAUAUUGAUAUCUCUCUUCCCAAAGGGAAAAUUGAAGGUCCUGAUGUGGAGGUCAAAGGUGAAGGUGGAAAAUUCAGCUUGCCACAUCUCAGCAUGCCCUCUGUUAACAUUUCAUUGCCCAAAGGAAAGGUUGAAGGUCCAGAUGUUGAAAUGAGGGGAGAUGCAGGAGGAAAAUUCAAAAUGCCUCAAAUGAAAAUGCCAGACAUGGAUAUCUCUCUCCCCAAAGGGAAAGUUGAAGGUCCAGAUGUAGACAUUAAAGGAGAAGGUGGGAAAUUUAAGAUGCCACACAUCAGUAUGCCUUCAAUUGAUAUAAAACUGCCGAAAGGAAAAAUUGAAGGUCCAGAUGUUGAGUUGGAAGGAGAUGCGGGAGGAAAAUUCAAAAUGCCUCAUAUGAAGAUGCCAGAUGUUGACAUAUCUUUGCCCAAGGGGAAAAUCGAAGGUCCAGAUGUGGAACUUAAAGGAGAAGGUGGGAAAUUUAAGAUGCCACACAUCAGCAUGCCCUCAGUUGAUAUAAAACUGCCUAAAGGAAAAAUUGAAGGUCCAGAUGCUGAAGUAGAAGGUGAUGCAGGAGGAAAAUUCAAGAUACCUCACAUGAAAAUGCCAGACGUAGAUAUCUCUCUUCCCAAAGGGAAAGUUGAAGGUCCAGAUGUGGAGCUUAAAGGAGAAGGUGGAAGAUUCAAGAUGCCACACAUCAGUAUGCCUUCAGUUGAUAUAAAACUACCUAAAGGAAAAAUUGAAGGUCCAGAUGUUGAAGCAGAAGGAGAUGCAGGAGGAAAAUUCAAAAUACCCCAAAUGAAAAUGCCAGACAUUGAUAUCUCUCUGCCUAAAGGAAAGGUUGAAGGUCCAGAUGUGGAAAUUAAAGGAGAAGGCAGGAAAUUCAAGAUGCCAGACAUCAGUAUGCCUUCUGUUGACAUAAAACUACCUAAAGGAAAAAUUGGAGGUCCAGAUGUUGAAGCAGAAGGAGAUGCAGGAGGAAAAUUCAAAAUGCCUCAAAUGAAAAUGCCAAAUGUUGACAUAUCUCUGCCUAAAGGAAAGCCUUCAGUCGAAGGUCCAGAUGUGGACAUUAAGGGAGAUGGUGGACAGUUCAAGAUGCCGAAUGUGAGCAUAUCCAUCCCUAAAGGAAAAGCAAAUAUUGAUGCACCGGCAGAGAAAAUGGAGGCAGAGGGAGGAGGCAUAAAAAUGCCACACAUCAAGAUGCCAAAAGUUGAUAUUUCACUACCUAAAGGUAGAAGUAAAGAUAUUGAAGUCCCUGCUCUAGAAAUGGAAGUCACAGGUCCAGAUGUUAAACUUCCAAAGGCGGAAAUAUCGACACCAAAGGCAGAAGGAGAGCUGAAAAUGCCACAAGUCACAUCACCAGAUCUGGACAUUGGACCUCACGUUGAAACUCAUUUGCAUGUUGAGGGAGAACACAAAGGUAUGAAACUUAAGAUGCCAACGAUAGAUAUCAAAGGUCCCAAAGGAGAUCUAGAACUUGACAUCGGACUUCACAGAGGAGAAGGCAAGAAGGACAGAAAAAAAGUUGAGCUACCCGACUUGGAUCUCAACACAACGGGAACCACCGGCAAAGUAAAGGGGCCUAAAGUCAAAGGAACAAAAUUCAAGAUUGGAAUGCCAAAAAAGAAAGUGGGUGGAAGUGUAGUGGCAGACAGUGAAGCUGGAACCCACAACGGACAUAAAGAUCGUGUUAACAUCUCGGGGCCAGAGGUGACGCCACCAAGCGUUAGUCUGAAAGCAGGAACAGGAGUAGAAGGUGCCAAAAUCAAAGUCCCCAGGAUACCAGACAUAGACUUUGAUAUCGGUACAUCCCCAGAUGAAGACGACGACAAAACGGAAAAAGGCAAGAAAAUCAAAAUCCCAAAGUUUGGUGUUCCUUUACCCUCCAUGUCCUCUCCUGAAGGAAGGAUGAACAUCUAUGGGCAAGAAAUCGAGUACGAGGGCCCUAAAAUGCCCAAAGUAAAGAAGGCUGUUUUUGUUUUGGUGAAUCCUCCAGCAACAGAUGAACCGUCUCCGAGCACAAGCCUCCUAAAAGAGGAAGCAACAGCUGAAGCUGAGAUGGAGGAUGUCAAGGUGAAGAUGCCCAAGAUCAAAAUGAAACCAACCUUUGGGAAGUCCAAAGAUAAAUCAGCUGCAGAAAAAGGAGGAGAGGAAGAUGAGAAGUCAAAGGGAGGGAAGAUUAAACUACCAAAAGUGUCAUUUUCUUCAGGCAAAUCAGGUUCAUUGGAUGUUGCUCACAAGGGUGAAGGUUCAAGUUCAAGCCUGAAUGGCGAAAGAGAUGCUCACAAGGGCUCCAAGGACGACAAAGGGACAUUCAGCGGUAAAAUCAAACUUCCAAAGGUAGAGUUCACCAGCCCAUACAGCAAGAUGUCUGCAGGGGAGGAGAACCCAGAUCCUUCACCAGGAGAAAUCAGGGGAGACAUUGAAGUGAAACCAGGCAAGAUGGCCUUUGGUGGUUUCUCUAAGGAGUCUUCGAAGGAGGUAGUAUCAUCUCACGCCAGAACAGAAAUGCUGGACAGGGACAGCUCAGAGUCGCCUCCCAGUUUCCUGGAGUUCACCUCAACAAAGUUUCAGGGCUGGACCGAGAUGGAGAGCAGGGAGUCUGAAGAAAAAGAGUCUUCUUCCUGGUUCAAGGUCCCGAAGAUCUCUCUGAAACCACACUCCACAGGUUUCCUCCAGAUAACCCCUGAAGGUUCUCCUCGGGCCCAGCAGAAGGGCGAGGUCGGCGGCGAGGUCGACGUCUCGGGAUCCUUCUGCCUCCACACCUCGGCGCUCGACUUCACCUCCGAGCAAAUGUCCGAAGAGCGCCACGUCUCCUCCACCGAGGAGGGAACUGUCACCACGGUGACCAAGACCACCAGGAUCACCCGGCAACUGGUCACCACGGAGUCGGGCGAAUCUGCGACCACCACGACGACGACGACCCGCCAGGUGAUGGACUUCUGAGGAUGCUGUAAUGAUAUCUUAAAUGUUGUUUAAUUUUUUUCUUUGUUGUUGUUUUUGUUGUUAUUGUUUAUUUUGGUGAGGUUGCAGUGUUCUUGUAAGCUACGCCUGCAACAUGGCAAACCUCUAUUAAAGUAGCCCUAAAAGUCUUUAUUUUAUAUUUUACUAGUUGAGGUAUGAAUGUGAUGAAAUGACUUUUCAUCAACCAGCAUUACUGUCAUUAUUACAGCAACAGAGUAAUAUAUACUACCUUUUUUUUCAUUUUACAUGUGACUAUUUUUUUUUGUUACUGUUCUUUGAGUUUUGUUAGUUUAGUUUUAAUUAUUUAUCCGAUUGUGUUUGGUUUUAAAGGUUUCACUCUGAAUGUAAACGUGUCAUUUCGCUUCAUUAUUUAUUGUUGUCGGUGCGUUCAGGAUGAAUAAUUCGCAUCAUGGAUUAGAUGUUAUGAUUAGUUCAAAAACAAUGAGCCACCGCAGCACAGGCCAGAGUAAUAUUCAUGUAAAUACGACUAUAUAAUUGCUUUUCUGAUGCUGAAUCCCUUCAAUCCAAAAUGUAAUUAUUUUCCUAUUCACCAGUCAGGACUAGAAAUGUUGUUUUUUUGACCUGAUAACCUGUUUUGUUUGUCUUGAAGGAAAAGUGUGAGCUUUUUGAGAUUGUAGGAUAUUUUCUGCUAUAGAUGCCUACUUUAGCUGGUGCUGUUUCCCAGAGAUAGUCACGGUGAGUGAGCAGGACACUCUGGGCUCUUUUUCUGCUGUGGGGAUCGAACCUGCGACCUUCUGGUUUCAGGUUUGCUCUCAAACAUUUAGGCCAAUCUGCUGCUGAUCCAUUUUAUAUUCAUGUUUUUACUGUACACUGCCAGGGAGGGGCGCCGCUGUAUGUUUUGUAACAGCUGAGGUUCAAAACAUCAAGAGCAAAUUUGGGGAUUUAUGGAUGCUGUUGGGCUUUAAUGGAAUAAAUUGCAGGAGUUGAAACUUUAAAUCUUUUCUCUUAAACCAAAUGAUGUCACUUAAAGGCUGCUACAAUGAGAUUAGCUAAGGAGUGGCGAGCCUUUCAUCCAAAAUAAGAAGGACCAGGCAUGUUUUCCUUUAAUAGUCUGACAUUAUUAUGUUUAAUCUUAAUAUAUUUCUAAAGAUACAUAAAAAUAUGUCAGAUUUUGAGGAAAAAAGCCUGUUUAUUAAGUGCCUUUACCCCUUUUUCUUCACCUUCAGUUAAAGUUUUAAUUGAUUGGAGAUUAAUUUAUUUGUCUUUCAAUGAGAAGUUUAAGUUUUAUUCAAAAACGUCAUAUUUUGAAGUGAUUGUAGUGUUUAAGGCAUUAAAUCUAAACUUACCACCUCAAAGUUUUGCAGGAUCUGGUCAUGUUUUCGUUUAAUUAAAAUGCAUUUAAGAAUCUGACAAUGAUCUAUUUAAUAUCCACACGUUUCAAGACACCUGAAGUAACUGUCAGAUACGUAUAAGGAUUUUUAGUAAGUCCCUUUACCCAGUUUUUAAAGUUUAAAUUGAUUAAAUAUUUAUAUUAUUGUUCUUUAAAUUCAAGUUUCAUUACCAAAUGUCAUAUUUACCGUUUGAGAACUGGAUGCAGCGAUCAGAUUUUUCAAAUGGAUAUAAAACAUUUGGGAAUCGUGUGAUAAAAUGCAUUUUAAAAAGUCCCAGAUUAGUUUCAUUAACUACAGCAUCUACUUGUAUCGAGAUUUUUACCUUCCUGGUUUAAACGAAGUCUUUAUUUUAGAUUCUGAGGGGUUUUUUUUAGUGCCAAGUGUUUUGUCAGAAAGCUGCAUUGGAGAGAAUGUUGGUUAAGUUGUUACAUCAAUAAAACAAUAUUCACACAAAAAACAUGUUAAAAA